UUUCUAGCUGCAAAGGCCUGCUCGAAAACUGGCCCACAGCAGUGGAUCUUGUUAAAAAGGACCAACUUGUAUCAUAGCCAGACGCACAAUGGCUAUGGCUUCAGAUGUAAAAUUUGACCCCAUUAAGGAAGGCAAUGAACCACGCUGCCGUUCAAGAUCUCUUUCUCAAAAAUCCUCCAGCAGUGAAUCAUAUUCAUCCACUGAUGACAUCAUCAUCAUUGACCAUAGCGAACUUCCAGAUGUGGCUACUAAAAACCCCAUGACUGAAAGGGGAGCAAAAAUUCCAAAUAGCUUCAAUGAAAAUCUUUCUGAAUCACAAUAUGCAAAGGUUGUAUUUCAUGACUUAGCAGACACAUAUCCAACUGACUGUGACAUUCGCUGUUCCUUCACUGUGCUGAGUGGCACACACAUUGCCCCUGAUGAUCGUAUUGCUCUUUACAAAGUGGGAUGGAAGAACCUCUAUGAAUAUGAGGCCUUCAAGUGGGUUCCACCAUUUCAGCAGGGUGGAAAGUCUGAGAACAUGUUUGUUCACUUCUCAUCUUCUGAUUUGCCCAAGGAGCCAGGGGAGUUCUACCAGUUUUGCUAUGUGGGUCAAAGUAAUGAAGUCUUGGGUGCAAGCAUUCCCUUCCAGUUUCAUUCAGCCAGUGAUGAGGACCUAUGUGAAAUUGAUGAGGAUGACCUCCUUGUGGUCCGCUCCAAGACUGCUGUCUUGCAGGAACAAAUCCAAAAGGAAAAGGAAUGCUCUGAGGCACUGGAACAGAAGUGCUUGAGACUGGAGGAAACCCUCGAGGGGCUUUCAGCUGAAAUGAAUGCCCAGGCCCAGGAAAAUUCCAAUCUCCAGGAAAGAUAUGACGUAUCAAACAUCCUCACAUGUGAAAGUGAGUCAGAGGUCUCAGAUGAUGAGAGUGUCCUGAAAAGGCUGGCUGCAAAGGUAUCCCAGGAGCAGGAGUUGAAGACCUCCAUAGAAGAACUCCGAUCUAUCACCCAACAGCUCACUUUGAAAAACCAUGAAUUGGAAGAGACUGUAGAGAAACUGCACAUAGAUAUGAGAAAGACACAGGAACAACUCGAGCAAAAGGACCAGGCAAUAGAAAGUUUCAGAUGCAUGGAGAGUAAGAAGGCCGAAUUGGAGGGCUUUCUCCACCAGGUGUGGAAGAUGGUGACAAUGAAGUCGAACUUGCCACUGGAGGAUACCCAAACAACGCUUGAGAAGCUGUAUGAGGAAUUGAAGGCAGGAAGAGAGGCUGUUAGUAGGUGUGAGCGGCAGAAUAGUGCCAUGAAUGAUCUUCACCUUGCUGUUCAUUGUCUCAACAUGGACAAGGAGAAACUGCAGACAGGGUCAGAAAGACUGAAGCAAUGGAAGGAGGAACGAGAGCAGCAGUUGCUUUCUGAGAAAGAGAAGUUGGAGAAGGAGUUGCAAGAGAUGUCCCUAGCUGAGCUGCAAUGGCAACUUGCAUUCCAAAAGGGGAUGAAGAAGAUGGAAACAUACAUUGAUGGGGAGACAUGGGGCAAGGAGGUGAUGAAGGAGUCCUCUGCUGUUGAGAAGUUCCUAAGUGCUGUUGACACCCUUGGCAUGAAGGCAUGCUCUGACUCUGUUGAUGUCUGGCAGCGACGAUGCUCUCAGCUGCAGGCUGAUAAGGAUGCAUGCAGAAGGAAUUAUCGAAAAGAGAUAGAUCUCUUGAAGAAGCAGCUGCAGGCAGGAAAAGAGGUUUUCCAAGAGAAGGUACGAGAGAAUUUCCGUUUCAGAAGUUACCUCCACAAAACACUUCAACGUCUGGAAGCAGAAAUCCAACCAUCCAAAAACAUCCUCAUAUGCAUCAUGAAGCUGAAAAACCUUCUGAAUGAAGACAAAAAUGAAGACCAGAGUGAGGAGGAAGAGAGGCCACAACCUGAGGGUGAGGGAGACAGAGUGUGCCGAUGCUGUGACCUGUGUCUCCCUCGGGACACACCCAAUACAUUGUGGCUGGAUCACAUGGAGCAGAGCCAUAACAAGCUCCUCUGCCCCCUCUGUGGGGCCCUAUUCGAGAAGGAUGUCACUGCGGUGUACCAGACACACGUGGGAGAGCACUUUGAGGAGGCAUGGGAUGCUGAUGCUGAUUCCAGUCCUAUCCACUGUCCUUCCUGUCCACAGAAAUUCCUGCCCGAGGAACAAGAUGCCUACCGCUCCCAUGUCCAAAGCCAUCAUCUCACAGCCUGAUUUUGUGCACCUGAAAAUGUAAUCCUAAGUUUCUGCCUGCUUAAGAAAUUUGAGGUUGUCAUCUCUGUCUGGGUCUGGACACAACUUUGGAUUUUUUAUUUUUGGUUCUUUUCAAAGUUCAGCUGCUUGUGAUGGGAUGAGGAAAUUUUUGUAGUUUUUAUGGGGAUAGGCAUAAAGCACCAUACAAGGAAAUUUUAUUAGAGAUCAAUGAAAUGCUGCCAUGAGUAAGUUUAUUAUAUUCAUGGUAAGGUUACUUAAGUCAGAUAUAGUUUUCUAGUCAUAAGCCUUUUACGUUUGAUGAGUUUAGAUUGCAAAUCUAAAACUGCUGUGAUGGCACCUAAUUGCCUGUAGCAAUAGUUGAGCUGUUGGUGAGGAGUGUGAGGUUUUAUUCAAAUAUAUUCCAAUUAAUGAAUGAGUUGGAGGAGGAUGCAACCACUUGCAACAAACCUGCUGACAAGAUUAUCUAGUGACAGUCAUUCUUACAAUAUUGUUUAUUUCUGAGAAUGUCAGAAUAAGUGGCAUGACAGGUGUAGGUAAAAAAAUUUUCCUUCUGGUCAAUCUUUCUCCUUCAUAUUUUGGUUCAAUGCAAUUAUAGGGUAUCAAAUCAUCUUGUUCUCUGCAAUCACCUUUGUCUCUUUUGGGUAUGAAUUGCUUCACAUUUUGUAUAUGUUGACUGUGAUCCCAGUGAGCAAGUCCUUGAUGCUGGAUUUUCUCCCAUGCAGCCGUAUGAUAUAUAGAUUCUUGACAUUUUUAAAUGUGAUUUGUUGUUCAUGGCCAGGAAAAUUAUUUGGGCUUUCUGUGUUAUUUUUCUGCCUUUUGGGUAACAAUCCUCAUUGACUUCAUAUUUUUAAUUGAUCUUGAAUUUAACUUUGUUCACCAAUGCCAUCAUCUCAGUCUCAUAUCGGUCUGAAUUCAUUUACAGUUUGUAUAUCUUGUGAUUCUGAUCUACAAGUGCUUGACAUGGCAUGUCUACUCCAUUCUAUUAUUGAUACUUGGAAGUUAUUGGAUUACCUAUUUUAUGUAUGGUUUCUUUAAUGACCUUUGUGCAUAGAUGUUGUAUGGCUUCCCCUGUUUUCAUGCAUUGCAUGAUUUGAUGCUAAUAAAACCCGUGUUCGGUCCAGUACCAGAAAUUGUUUUUUAUGUCACUCUUGCUGGUGUGCAGGGCACUGAGACUCAGUGGCCAUGGAGGAUGUUAGCCCCAUGCAUUUGCAUGUGCAAAUAAGGGCAGCUAUUUAAAACAAGCACGCAAUAAACUAGGAAGACAUUGGA